AGGGCUCAUUAGAGAGAACCCUACGAUCUUUGAACUUUAGGAGUUCACAACCUUCAACAAAUUUCUUCUUGUCUUAUUCCAUUAGAAAAUAACAUUUAAAUAGUUACAAGAGAGGGUAGGCUAGCCUCUAACUCUUAAAGCCUACUUGCCAUAAUUAAGAACAAACAAUUAAGGAAGACUAUAUAAGGAAGAUCCUAAGAUUUACCUAUAAUAACUAAAUAGGAAAUUAACUAGCAAAAUAUUAAGAAAGACAAUUAAGGAAAACUUAAUGAUUCUAAGAAUUACCUAUAAUAGCUAAAUAGGAAAUUAAUUAGUAAAAUAUUAGAAUACUGUAACGUCACUCCCUCCCUCGGAAAUGCACUUGUCCUCAAGUGCAAAGAUAACUGUUGCUGUUGUAGAAAAUUCACCUUUCCCUCUUCAUGCAGCCUCUAACUUGUAGUCUAUGGAGCACAUAUGCCCGUAUUAGCAUAGAUAGAACUUUUAGGCUCCAAUUUUACCUUAUUGUAGCCUCAUCCAUCCUUGGGUUGUUCAUUAUUUUCCCAAAUUUUCAUGGAGAACAGCCUUGUGCAUUGAUGACCUUUUACGUACUGCUCCUCGCAGUUGAAACAGAGCCCUUUACUUCACCUUUCUUCCAUCCCUGCCCUAGUGAGACGUUUCACCAUCGAUGGCCUAGUUGGAUUGGUGUUGAUUUUUCAUUGCAUAGGUGGAAGGCUAUUAUUUUGCCACCCUCCCUGUCUCUCAUACAAGUGGGCCAAACUCAUUGCACUAGUCAAGACUUUUGGAUGUUGAACUCUACCUCUAGUGCAAUAUAAUCUUGCAAACCAUUAAUGAAUAAUUGCACCUCCUGCUCUGCAAUUAGAGGGUUUGCACAUGCUGCAAGUUGCUUAAACAAAUGCUGGUACUCCGUGACUGUCCUAUCUUGCUUUAGUUUUGCUAAUUCACCAAAUUUAUUAUUGCGAAUAGGCGGGCCAAAUCUUAGAUUAUAUUGUCGCUCAAAAUCAUCCCAACUCUAGUAAGGUCAGUCUCUUUCCAUCUUUAAAAACCAUAAUUGUGCGUUACCUCUAGAUGGAAAGAUGCCAAGCCCACUUUAUCUUCCUCAGAGAUAUGCUGGUGACGACAAAAAUGUUCUCAUCUAUUUAACCAGCCUAGAGGGUCAUCUUGACCACUAUAACAAGGAAAAUCCAGUUUGGAAUACCUUGGCAUAAGAACCACUCUCAGCUGGUUCCAAACUACUAUUUAUCAUUGUUGGCUUUGUCAACUCUGCCUCCACUGACACUGCUAUCCUGAUGUCCACUAUGCCAUGCUGACUUCGCUGCUGCAAUCUCUUGGGACAGACCUUCCAAUUUCUCAAAUUUUGAACAGGAUGCCGAUGUUCCUAUGCCAGUACUUCUGAUAGAUCAAGAUUCUGAUUCUGAUGCAACAAGCGUACAAGUAAGCUUUGGAGAUCGGCUUGGAGCUCUCAUUGACACGAUGAAGGCCUUGAAAGAUUUGGGAUUGGAUGUGGCAAAGGGUUCUGUUCUCACUGAAGGAUCUGUCAAGCAAAUAAAAUUCUUCAUUACACGCUUAGACAGUGGGCGCAAGGUUGAAGAUCCUGACAUGCUAGAGAGAAUUCGACUUACCAUCAUUAACAAUCUUUUGAAAUACCAUCCGGAAUCUAGUGAGCAACUUGCUAUGGGUGAGGCUUUUGGAAUAAAAGCUCCUGAGAGAAAGCUUGAUGUUGAUAUUGCAACUCAUAUUCAUGUAAAAGAUGAUGGACCUAAGAGGAGCUUGCUUUACAUUGAGACAGCAGAUAGACCUGGAUUACUUGUAGAAAUGAUCAAAAUCAUGGCUGAUAUUAAUGUUGAUGUCGAAUCAGCAGAGAUUGAUACAGAAGGAUUGGUAGCCAAGGACAAGUUUCAUGUCAGCUACAGAGGUGCAGCAUUAAACAGUUCAAUGUCUCAGGUGCUGGUAAACUGUUUGCGUUACUACCUUCGGAGGCCAGAAACAGAUGUAGAUAGCUACUAACACUUGGAGCCACUUUUCAGUUGGAAACCGAAUGUAAAACGGUCUCUGUACCAAAAUCAUAUUCAGCAUAAAGUCACCUGUUAAGCUUGUAUGUAUAUCUCUAGAUACUGAAGGACAUGCCCUUGAAUUGAAAUCUGAUGCUUGUGGAACAAAAAUGCCUGGGACCCCAUCCUUCAUCCUAAGAGAUAAUCAACAUGGAAUGUUGAAAACUCAAA